AUGCCAAAACGGGGUGUGCCAAUUUCUACACCCACUCAUUUAGGGUCCGUCCCCAAGCGGAACCGCCCGUCGGCUCGAACCGAACGGGGUCUAUCACUAGGUACUCCAUCAGACGACGUGGAGAUAACCGAGAUUUUCGCUUGCCCCUUCUUUAGAAGAGACCCUGUGCAGCACAUUGAUUGUCUCGGUCGCAAGCUGAAGCGGAUUAGCGAUGUCAAGCAGCAUAUCAACCGGCGUCACCUCAAUGACAUCGUGCAGUGCCCUAACUGCAAUCUGACCUUUGGCUCAUCUAUUGACCUUGAUGAGCAUAUCAACUUGUCUUGUUGUUCCUCGGCGACUCCCUAUACCAUUCAGCAGAGCAUCCCGGAGCAACUGAGAGCCCGUGCCCCCCCUGGGACGCCAAUCGAAGACGUGUAUUCAGCUCUCUGUGGCAUUCUAUUCGGCAAGCAGGAAACACCAGUACAGCCUUACCUUGGCCCCAUCUUGCUGGAGAGCACCGCACUGCUCUGGAGCUUCUGGCAAUCAGAGAAGGCCUCUCUUAUUCAAACCGUGGUCAACCAGUCUGCAUCUUCCACUGCAGGGGAUAUGUCUGCUGUGGUCUUGACCAUUGUCGAUCAACUCCGCAUGAGCUUUGAGCAGCAUGUGAAAGCAUUGCCUGUUGGUGGACUACCCAGUACCCCUGCAUCUGCGACGCUUUCCAACAUCCAGGAAGAAAUCCUCCAAGCCGACUCACUGCCAAUGCAGCUUUUUGGCUCCUUCCAAACAUCGGACGUCUCGUUCGGAGCUCAAUUGCCAACUUCCGAGGGCUCCCACAAUUCGAUUUCCGUCCUAGCUUUUGAGGGCGCAGCAAUGUCCAUGAGUGACGGUACAGGUAACUUUUCGAACACAAUCGGUUCAAAUAAUGACGCCCACGAUCUCUCAUUCUUGAGACAAGAUGAACAUCACUCUUCGGCAGAAGUUCUCUUCGGGACUGAGGCAAGUCUUUCGACAAAUCUAGACAUUGGCUUCAUUUUUAUGUAG